GGUGCUCGCCCCUACCCGCCGCUGCAGCGUGGCGCGGCCAAGGUCAGGGGCACCGCAGGAACCGGAGUCGGCGAGGCGAGCCGGGGACGCUGCUCAACACGGGCCUGCGAGGAGGCAGCGGCCCGAGCAGCGGGACGGCGACGUUCUCCCGGCUGGGGGAUGCCGAGGUGGCCGCUGCCGCACAUCAGCCUGGCGCGGGGCGCGCAAGGGGAUGGGGACCGGCGCGGACUCCCUGCCCAUUAGCUCGCGGGCGCUGUCCGCCGUCUGGUAGUGCUGAACCAGCCCUGGCCCCGGCGCUCGGGCACUGGCCAAGAGCUGGGUAGGGGCGGGGCGCUCGCAGAAGGAAGACUCCGAGCAGCGGCGCUGCGGAGUCGGGCUCAGUAGCCUUGCUGGCGGGUCACUGGUUCUUCGUGGAGUGGAGGCACGAGGUACUCCGGACGGCGUUGCCGCUGCCUAUUCACCACCUGGACCACCUCGGAGGCCACCGCUAGGGCUGCCCGCCACCUUCAGACAGCCGCCUCUGGUGAGGGAACCUCGCCCUCAGGAGGUUAGGACCCCUCCUUUCUCUGGCGGCCAAGCGUCUUAGGGCGGUGGCCUGAGGACAGAGAGGGGGCGUGCCACCCUCGGGUGAAGACAGCAUGCCCGUGUAAUACCCACGCCUCCUGACUCAAGAGCGCUGACAUCGCCCGCCCAGCUGCGCUUGUCUUCGGAGCCUUGACCAUUCUUGGCUGGUCCCGAGCGGCUCCGGCCGCGGGCGCGGAGAUGGAGGAGGAGCUGAAGUGCCCAGUGUGCGGAUCCCUGUUCCGGGAACCCAUCAUCUUGCCCUGCUCUCACAAUGUCUGCUUGCCGUGCGCCCGCACCAUCGCGGUUCAGACCCCGGACGGCGAGCAGCACCUGCCCCCGCCGCUCCUUCUUUCGCGGGGUGCCGCCGCCGCCGCGCCCCCUCCGGAUCAGGACGCAGCCGCCGGCGCGACCGGAGGAGGCGCGGGAGCUAGCACAGCCGGAGGCCUGGGCGGCGGAGCGGCCGGUGGCGGAGACCACGCGGACAAGCUGAGUUUGUACAGCGAGACUGACAGCGGCUAUGGCUCCUACACCCCCAGCCUCAAGUCCCCCAAUGGAGUCCGCGUGCUGCCCAUGGUGCCUGCGCCCCCGGGCUCUUCGGCCGCUGCGGCCCGAGGCGCCGCCUGCUCUUCGCUCUGCUCCUCCUCCAGCUCCAUCACCUGCCCGCAGUGCCACCGCAGCGCCUCCCUGGAUCACCGCGGCCUGCGAGGCUUCCAGCGCAACCGGCUACUGGAGGGCAUUGUGCAGCGGUACCAGCAGGGCCGUGGGGUUGCCGCGGGGGUGUCUGCAGCCCCGGCGGUGGCCAUCUGCCAGCUGUGCGACCGCACCCCACCGGAGCCGGCAGCCACUCUCUGCGAGCAAUGCGACGUGCUCUAUUGCGCCACCUGCCAGCUCAAGUGCCACCCGUCCCGGGGCCCCUUCGCUAAGCAUCGGCUAGUUCAGCCGCCGCCGCCACCCGCACCUCCGGAGGCUACCCCUGCUUCAGCCGGCACUUCCACAUCCUCCAGCGCAGGAGGAUGCAGGAGCCCAGGGGGUGCCGGGGCCAGCGCGCCGCGAAAGUUCCCCACAUGCCCCGAGCACGAGAUGGAGAACUACAGCAUGUACUGCGUGAGCUGUCGGAGCCCGGUGUGCUUCAUGUGCCUGGAGGAAGGCAGGCACAGCAAGCACGAGGUGAAGCCGCUGGGGGCAACGUGGAAGCAGCACAAGGCCCAGCUAUCUCAGGCCUUAAAUGGGGUUUCAGAUAAGGCCAAAGAGGCGAAGGAGUUUCUGGUUCAGCUCAAGAACAUACUACAGCAGAUCCAGGAAAACGGACUGGACUAUGAAGCUUGCCUGGUGGCUCAGUGUGACGCCCUGGUGGAUGCCCUGACUCGGCAGAAAGCCAAGCUGCUCACCAAGGUGACCAAAGAGAGGGAACACAAGCUGAAGAUGGUUUGGGACCAGAUCAAUCACUGCACCCUGAAGCUACGCCAGUCCACAGGCCUGAUGGAGUACUGCCUGGAAGUGAUCAAGGAGGAUGACCCUUCUGGGUUCCUGCAGAUCUCAGACGCCCUGAUCAAGCGCGUGCAGACCUCGCAGGAGCAGUGGGUCAAAGGUGCCCUGGAGCCCAAAGUAUCUGCCGAAUUUGACCUGACCUUGGACAGCGAGCCCCUGCUGCAAGCCAUCCACCAGCUGGAUUUCGUCCAGAUGAAAUGUAGGGUGCCACCUGUACCCCUGCUGCAGCUGGAGAAGUGCUGCACCCGUAAUAACAGCGUCACCCUGGCCUGGAGGACUCCGCCCUUCACCCACAGCCCUGCUGACGGCUACAUCCUGGAGCUGGAUGAUGGCGAUGGAGGGCAGUUCCGGGAAGUGUACGUUGGCAAGGAGACCCUGUGCACCAUUGACGGACUUCACUUUAACAGCACCUACAAUGCCAGAGUCAAAGCCUUCAACUCAUCCGGUGUUGGGCCCUACAGCAAGACUGUGGUCCUGCAGACCUCUGAUGUGGCCUGGUUCACUUUUGAUUCCAACUCUGGUCAUCGGGACAUCAUCUUAUCUAACGACAACCAGACGGCCACCUGCAGCAGCUAUGAUGACAGGGUGGUGCUAGGCACAGCCGCCUUCUCCAAAGGUGUGCACUACUGGGAACUGCACGUGGACCGGUAUGACAACCACCCAGACCCAGCCUUCGGGGUGGCCAGGGCCAGUGUAGUCAAGGACAUGAUGCUGGGCAAGGACGACAAGGCCUGGGCCAUGUAUGUGGACAACAACCGCAGCUGGUUCAUGCACUGUAAUUCCCACACCAACAGGACUGAAGGCGGUGUAUGCAAAGGGGCUACUGUGGGUGUGCUGCUGGACCUGAACAAGCACACUCUGACCUUCUUCAUCAAUGGGCAACAGCAGGGCCCGACAGCCUUCAGCCACAUGGAUGGAGUCUUCAUGCCUGCCCUCAGCCUCAACCGAAACGUGCAGGUCACCCUGCACACAGGACUGGAGGUGCCAACAAACCUAGGACGGCCAAAGCUGUCAGGCAACUAGCCUGGUGGCUCCCGCUGCCUCGCUGGCGGUGAUGGAGGGCCUCACGGAGGACCAGGGCAUAACAGAAAGUCCCAGGUGCCAGCAGCCAGCAGACAUCUGAAGAUACUUUUUUGGGAGGGAACUGAGAAUGAAUCAGAUGCGAGCCAUAUGACCAUCCUGUGGCCACCUGUGUCAAGAGUGGCCUUUCGCCUCCAUGCCACAGGGCUAUGGCCCCCAGGGUGCCCUCAAGACAGUGUCCCAGAUGGACACCUUUUGUUUCUAGCUAUGUUUUCUGACAUCUGUUUGAAAACAUUGAUUUCCUCUUAAGUUUUUUUCGCCCCCCCUGGAGGGAGAGAGAAAAGCAGACUCUAAGACUGGUAUCCUAGGAUGGAUCGGCACCGUGAUGUUACUCCAUGCUUGCAUAUAACCCGUUGCUAGGACUCUGCUCCUUCUGAAGUCCUAGGCUAGCAGUUUGUCACCUCUGCAGGGAAAAACUCACCUUGAGCCUCUGGGAUAUGCAGUUUUCAAUACACAAACUAAUUUGAAAGGGACAUUAAUCAUUAAUGAACUGCUAGGACCCUCAGAAAGGCUUCCUCAGGGUCUGUAUCAUUAUCCAUGUGCUAUCGAACCCCCCCCUCACACACACACCACACACACACACUCUCACACAAGUGUGUGUGUGUGUGUGUGUGUGUGUGUGUAACUAUUUUAUUCAUUCAGUUCUUAGUUAUGAAUGGAAACACUGGAAUCCAAGAGAAUGACACGUCUUUGCACAGUAGUGGCUUUUUCUAGAACCUGCUUCCAUAGAAAUUGACGGACAUAUAUGUGCACCGCCUUCCUGGGCAGGGCCUUGAGCACAGAGGUAGCAGCCCCUGGGAAGACCUUGCAUGGCCGUAAACCCUCAUGGCUUCACCCAGUGCCCUCUUUGAAGCAUCAUGAACUGGAGAAGCGACUCUGGUGGUAACAGGGGUGAUGAGACCCCAAAGAAAGGCUGAAACUAGAUGGCGACACCCUACAACUUCUCUCUUCACAUGAACCAGGGUUCCCUGGGACACAGCCAAGUCUUCCUUCUUCCGAGGAGCACUGCCCUUGCCGGGGAGCUCCACAUGGAUCAUCCUGCCUUCAGGCCCUGUGUGUUCACUUCCUGUCUCUCUCCUGCAGUCUCCAGCUCUGCCCGGUAGCAACCUUGCUCAAUCCCUUGGAAAGAAUCCAUCUCGUCGGGCGUUUCAUUCUACACAGAGAAAUUACUUGCCUGGCAGCUGGGCUGUUUUUUUUUAAUCAGACCUGCACGCCGACCCCAACUGUGUUUCCUCCACCCACUCUGUGCUCAGGCCCUGCACCAGUUCCUAAGUACCCACUACUGGGCUGCACAGAUCCGCCAGUCCUACCUCAGAAUUCUUUCUCGUGGUCCUUGUUUCCUCAAAUACUCCGAUGUCACCAGGAGUCGGUCAGCACUGUCCAGCCUCCGCACUAGGCCCUGGGGCCUUCUUCGUUGUGUCGGCGUAGCCUUGGCCUCUCUGGAACCUCUUCCCGCUAAGUGGUCUCUGGCUCCCGACUCCAUCUAGAGCCCUCAGGGCAGCCACAGGCCCCUGCCGCCAGAUCCUCAGUUGCUCAGCUGCUUCCGCUAUCCCUUUCCUCCAGCUUUGGCCACAGCCACAGCUCUGAAAGGGAGAGACAGAUACUUCGAAGGGAAGACUGUGGAGGAGCCUCUGCUUUGCUGGUCCAGAAAGCCACAUGGAGCCACAGUCAGGGGUGGCCAGGGUAUUUGGGUGUCUCGUGGAAGAAAGAAACCAGAAACCCUGGAGUAAGAAGGGGGCAGAAAGGCUGGCCACAUGGGGAUAUUUACAGUCUCAAAGCCGGGAAGCGGGAGUCACUUGAGCAUAUCUGCAGCCAUGGGUGGCUUUGAGGA